CAUCCCCAAGAAAUCCUCGCGGGUGUUGAUAUAUAGGGCCUCCUUCCACGCUGAAAAAAAACCAGUUUCAACAACUCAUUACAAAAUUAGUGGCAGUACCAAAAUUAUAGCUCGUCAAUAUUCACCAAAUCUUUUAAAUAGCAAUGACAACGGAACAACCAAAGCCAGCAACUGAAGACGUGAAAAUGGAUCUGUUCGAGGAUAAUGACGAAUUUGAAGAGUUCGAAAUUGAUCAAGAGUGGGAGGCGAAAGAGGAAGGGAAAGAAGUUACCCAGCAAUGGGAAGAUGAUUGGGAUGAUGAUGAUGUCAAUGAUGACUUCUCUCUUCAGCUCAAAAGGGAAUUGGAAAGCAACACGGAGAAGAAAUGAACCAAGUCUGAAAGGAUUGUUUCUCUUUUUUAAGAAUGGACCACAGAGUUUCUGUUCUGUUCAGAUGUUUCCCAUUAUGUAGUAGUCUUGCUUCACUGGAUGCAAUGAAUCUCAGCUUUCACCUUUAAGCGUUUGUGUUGAUAAAUUUGGAUGCUCUAACUGGUUUGUAAUGCAGUUCUCUAUGAACAUAGUUUGAGCUGAGAAAAGUUGAGAUGGGCCUUAUGUUUC